CAGCUGCCACUCUGCGGCGGACCCGCGUUCCCAGCCACCAGAGAGCCGCGGGAGGGACCCCGGGAUGGAGGGACCCUGAGCUAGGGGAGAUCCAGGCUCCCGGAACCGGCAUGGACCCGCGUCCUCGCCAGUGACCCAGUGACCCGGUGACCCUAUUCCCGUCACUCCGGCCACCCGGCGCCUAGGCGGCUUCCAGCCCUAGCGCACACCUGCAGAAGUGAGGGACCGCUGUCGCCGCUGUCCGCAGGAGACGGGCCAUGGAGAACCAGAGCCUAGGAGCUGGCGGCCCCAGUCCCCGCUCAGAGGGCAGCAGCAGUGGCAGUGAGAGCUCCAAAGAGGGUUCGAGAUGCUCCACCCCCGGCCUGGACCCCGAGCGGCAUGAGAGACUCAGGGAGAAGAUGAGGCGGAGGAUGGAAUCCGGUGACAAGUGGUUCUCCCUGGAAUUCUUCCCUCCUCGGACCGCUCAGGGAGCUGUCAACCUCAUCGCAAGGUUUGAUCAGAUGGCAGCAGGUGGUCCCCUCUUCAUAGAUGUGACCUGGCACCCAGCAGGGGACCCUGGAUCAGACAAGGAGACCUCCUCCAUGAUGAUCGCCAGCACUGCUGUGAACUACUGUGGCCUGGAAACCAUCCUGCACAUGACCUGCUGCCGGCAGCGCCGGGAGGAGAUCACAGGCCACCUGCACAAAGCCAAGCAGCUGGGCCUGAAGAACAUCUUGGCGCUGAGGGGAGACCCCAUAGGUGACCAGUGGGAAACGGAGGAGGGGGGCUUCAGCUAUGCUGCAGACCUGGUGAAGCACAUCCGAAACGAGUUUGGGGACUACUUUGACAUCUGUGUGGCGGGUUACCCCAAAGGCCACCCCGAAGCAGGGAGCUUUGAGGACGACCUGCAGCACUUGAAGGAGAAGGUGUCCGCGGGUGCCGACUUCAUCAUCACCCAGCUCUUCUUUGAGGCCGACACCUUCUUCCACUUUGUCGAGGCCUGCACCGCCGUGGGCAUCACCUGCCCCAUCCUCCCCGGGAUCUUCCCUAUCCAGGGCUACUCCUCCCUCCGGCAGCUCGUGAAGCUGUCCAAGCUGGAGGUGCCGCAGGAGAUCAAGGAUGUGAUCGAGCCCAUCAAGGACAAUGACGCCGCCAUCCGCAACUAUGGCGUCGAGCUGGCCGUGAGCCUGUGCCGGGAGCUCCUGGCCAGUGGCCUGGUGCCAGGCCUGCACUUCUACACUCUCAACCGCGAGGUGGCCACCACAGAGGUGCUGAAGCGCCUGGGCCUGUGGACUGAGGACCCCAGGCGUCCCCUGCCCUGGGCUGUCAGUGCCCACCCCAAGCGCCGGGAGGAAGAUGUGCGUCCCAUCUUCUGGGCCUCCAGACCAAAGAGCUACAUCUACCGCACUCAGGACUGGGACGAGUUCCCCAAUGGCCGCUGGGGCAACUCCUCCUCACCGGCCUUUGGGGAGCUGAAGGACUACUACCUCUUCUACCUGAAAAGUAAGUCCCCCCGGGAGGAGCUGCUCAAGAUGUGGGGGGAGGAGCUGUCCAGCGAGGAGAGCGUCUUCGAGGUCUUCGCACGCUACCUCUCAGGAGAGCCAAACCAGCACGGCCGCACGGUGACCUGCUUGCCCUGGAACGACGAGCCCCUGGCAGCCGAGACCAGCCUGAUGAGGGAGGAGCUGCUGCGUGUGAACCGCCGUGGCGUCCUCACCAUCAACUCGCAGCCCAACGUCAACGGGAAGCCAUCCUCGGACCCCGUGGUGGGCUGGGGCCCCAGCGGGGGCUACGUCUUCCAGAAGGCCUACCUGGAAUUCUUCACUUCCCGCGAGACGACGGAGGUGCUUCUGCAGGUGCUGAAGAAGUACGAGCUGCGGGUGAACUACCACAUCGUGGACGUGAAGGGUGAGAAUAUCACCAACGCCCCUGAGCUGCGACCCAACGCUGUCACAUGGGGCAUCUUCCCUGGGCGAGAGAUCAUCCAGCCCACGGUGGUGGAUCCCGUCAGCUUCAUGUUCUGGAAGGACGAGGCCUUCGCCCUGUGGAUCGAGCGGUGGGGCAAGCUGUACGACGAGGGGUCCCCAUCCCGCAUGAUCAUCCAGCACAUCCACGACAACUACUUCCUGGUGAACCUGGUGGACAACGAGUUCCCGCUGGACAGCUGCCUGUGGCGGGUGAUGGAGGACACAUUCGAACUGCUCAACAGGCCCGCGCAGAGCGGGAGGGCGACGGGCGCGCCCUGACCUUGCGUCCUGCCAGCCACGCUUGCCGCUGCGUCCAGCCUUCUUCCUCGCAGUCCUGGCUCUCCCUCGUUGCUCCGGAGCCCGGCCUCCACUCCCCCUGAUGAUGGCAACCAGGCUGACUCGAGGCUUCCGGGCUCCGGCUGGGCCUGGGCAGUGGCACCCGGAAGCCUGCUGCCUGCUGUCCAGCCAGGAGUCGGUCCUGGUGGGGAGCCCUGCCGCCCCGCGGGGAGCAGUGGGCAGCACACCGCCUCCCUGAGGAGGAGACUGGGGGUUGCAGUGAGCCCUCACGCCAGGGCAGCCCGAGGAGCCAGCCAGGGACGCCAGCGAACCUGUACUUGGGGCCUGUGGAGGAUGGGCAGAGAGCCCGGCCACGGCAGGAAGAGCCUGCUAAGUAAGGGGCUGUGCCCCGCGCCUCCACCUGUGGUGACAAGGGCAGCUCACUGCCUGCCUGGCACACAGCAGGCCACGCCAGGCCCCUGGACGGCGGGCACUGCCCGCUCUCACCUCCUGCAGGGCUGCUCUUCGAGACAGUUGUCUGUUCCGGGGACCAGAGAGAAAAGUGCCCCUCAAGGGUUCAGGGCUGUCCUAGCCCUUGUGCUUUCUGGGCCCUGUGGCCUCCCCGUCCUAUUAACCGAGAGGCAAAGAUGGGGCCUAAGCAGGCCUUGCAGACUCCCUGGCUUAUUUUUAGGCAGGUGCUUCUGCCAGCUGCUCUCCCUCUGCCCACCACGGCCCAGAAGCCACUGCGGGCACUGCUCCCGCAGUCAGCCAAGGCCACAUUGCCUGGGGCAGUGACUGGCAGGCACACAUGGGCUGUCCUGGCGGCUGCCUGCUGGGCUUGGCUGGCUUAGCGGGGGAUGCCUGCACCCAGGUGGGGGUGUCCACAGAGCAGCUGAGGGCAGAGAGGGCUUCCGCUUUCCUCUCAGCCCAGCUGACUGGCAUGGGGUGGGAACAGCCUUUAAGAAAGACUGAGCAAGAGAAGCAGCUGGGACCGAGGAGGGCUUUAUUGUCCUUCAGAGCUCCUUGAGCCGUCAGCAUGCCCGAACAUGUGGGACCGUCCCUCCCUGGGAGGGCCGGGCUCAGCUUUGCUUUCUAUUCUGUGGGAGUGAGUCACUGCUGCAGCUGGACACCUGCUCUGGGCCAGGCCCGCCACACCAGGGACUGGGCAGCUUCCAGCCUGCUCCCUGGGCCCCUGGUGCCUGGCCUGACAAGGGACUCAGGCUGCUGGUGGCUCCUGUCCUUUGGCUCCUGGCCGCCAGGCACUGGCGCCACUUCUCGAAGGCCUAGAAUCAGAGCAGCAGGAAGGACUGUUCGUCUCAUACUCCUUCCAGGCCUGUGCUGUGCCUACCAGAGUGACCCUGCACCUGGCUCUUUCUGUCCCCAUCGAGUCCCCUGCAUCUGCCCUAGGCAGCAGUCCACCCUGCCCCAGGUCAAAUGCACGGGCUCAGAAUAGACUGGACAUGUGACCUGGAAGCUGGGCAGCAAGUGAGGAGGCGGGUGCCCCAGACCCACACCGACGGGGCUGUUAGGAGCAGCCAGCGAGCCACGGGCCAAGCCUCGCUGCUCGAGUGAGUGGCCACAACCCUGGGCUGAGCCUGUGGCCAGUCAGGUCUCAGGCUCCAGCCUCUGGGCUUGUGUUCUACACCCAAACCGACCCCUCACCCCUGAAAGUGAAGAGGCCCUGGAGGGGCAAGCAGGGAAGACCCUCCGUUCAGCCAUGGCCAGGCAGGCGCUGGUUUGGGAGGGCUGGCUGGGUGGAGUGAGGCGGGCUCUGGCCCGUACCUGGCAGAGGACCCAGCCGUCGUCUCGCUGCCGUAGCUUCCCAGCCACGCGCAGCUGCAGAACCCGCCGCCGCCACAGCCUCCAGGCCUGUCCCAGGUGCCACUGCCUGAGCUGUGGGGAGGAGUGACAGGGAAGCCCCAGCCCUCUGCCUCUCUCCAGCUCUGGCCCCGGGCGAAAGGGAUGUGCCAAGGGCUGUCCUCUCAGGUGGCGAGUGCUGCAGCUUCCUCGGCCCAAGGCCCUGCUCCCCACUCCUGGAGCUUAGCCGAGGGCGGGUGGGAAGGAGGUGUGCCCUGGGGCCAUGGAGCUGCCUGCAGAGGAGGGGGGACCAAGCCGCUCACCAGGGCCUGAGACAGCUGCUGCACCCCUCGAGCACCUUCCCAGCACUGCCAAGCCGCCGCCAGGCGCCUGGCAUUCCAGGAAGCCUGCAGCCUGCGGAGUCGAGCCUCAAGGCGCCAGCGCCACAGGUACUUCCUCCUCAGGACCAGGAGCGUCAGGACCUCCUCAUGACCGUGGAGUGGGGCAGAGCUGCGGGCCUGGGACUGCUUUUCCAGGAUCCUACUCAGCCAGAGUGCCCAGCUGAGCCAGGGCGCGGGCUUCCCCCAGCCUCCCCCACGGGCACAGCUGCUCGUACCCCAGCCUCCUCCAAGGGGCCUCCUCUUGGCCUUGGCGGGCUCUGGUGUCAGGGCUGCCGAGCCCGCCCACUCUCAGUCCAGAAGGCAGCCAGCUAGAGACCCAGCUGCCUUGUCCAGGCCAAGGCAACCAGAACCGGAAGGUGGGGCAGACGGUCUCUCUGUCACCUGGAAAGGGGAGUCAGGUCAGAGAAGACACCGGCUCAGAAUGGCAUGUGCUCCCUCCUGCCACCUGUAAGUGGCGAGCACUGCAGAGCCAGGGGACUGAGCGGACCCAGCCCUCCCCCAUCUCCAGGCGCAGAGACCACGGGCGUGGCUGGACCAGGGAAUUGUUUUCCUGAAACAGCUGAGACAAUCGGGAAGAGGAAGUGGGUGGGAAAGCACAUAAGAGGGAUUGGCCAAGGAGGUUAUUUCCAGGUCCCUGAGGGCUGGUGACCACCAGGGCCAGGGUCUCCUUACUCUGAGCCCAGGUGGUUUCUUUCUGUGUCCCUUCUACACCGCGGCUGUGCUCCCAUGUUCCUUGGGGCAGCGCAGGCCCUGUGGCCUGUGUCCAGCAGCUGUGGGUCUAAGGAACAGCCAGAGAGGAAACCAGAACCACCCUUCUGACCAGGGGGGUUCCUGCCCU